AUGGCCGAUCUCGACCCUGCAUCUGGAGCAUUCACAAAGUCAGGUCCGUUGCGUCGGACACAUCGCAAGUCAAGGACGGGCUGUAAAGCAUGCAAGAGAAGUCGCAUCAAGUGUGACGAGACGCGCCCGGUCUGUAAAAACUGCCAUAGACGAGACGCGUUUUGCGAGUAUUUUGGCACGUCUCGAUCAAGUGGCAGACCCUCAAACAACGUGGAGAUUAUUCCUAAACAGAGUCAAUUAACCAUUGAGACUACUCCCGUUGCACAUGCUUGGCCAACAAGUCAGGCAAGCCGCAGUUCAUCGCUAAGUGAGAUAUUCACGGAGCGAACUUCAUUGCUGUCAGAGCGUCUGUUUGAACUCCAAUUAUUGCAUCACUUCGUUGACAUGACCGAUAAAGCAACGAAGACUCAGGCUACCUGGUCAUUCUGGAUCCUAGAGCAAGCCACCCAGUCAAUCAGCGUCAUGGAUGCAAUUCUUGGUACCUCUGCAUCUCACCUUCAGCACGUCGGCAAGUUCAAGACAAAGCUUUUGUUGAUCUCGCACAGGUACAUGGCUCGUGCCAUAGAAGUUCACAAGAAGGAUCUAAAGGAAGGGCUAAAUAAGUCUAAUAUUUCCAGAGUCAUUGCAACAUGUGCACUCAUCUGCAUGCAUGCCAACCUAAGAGCAUACUCUCUGGAGAGCCAUAGCAGCCAACGGCAGCCUCACGACUGGUUUACAUCGUCACGUAGGGCUUUGAACCUUUUUCAAAGAGUUUCCACGAUGAUUGAGAAUCCCUCUAUUGGGCAAGAGUUCUCAACUCUCUCCUCCAUCAUUCCCCACGACAUUCACCCAAACCCUUUUAGCUUUUUACUAUAUUGGAACCCUCUAUCAGCGUUACCAAACGAAGAAGAGAUUGAUAUUUGCGUGCCGGCAGUAGCCAGUCUCUCCUACAUCUAUAACAAACUAGAUACAGAAAAGCCUCUGCGAUUUCCCGUUGCUGUUUCGGAGAGCUUUGUAAAUCUCGUCGCGGCAAAGAAUCCUCGGGCUUUGGCCAUAUGUGGUUAUUUCUUUAUGGUAGUAAAGCUGGGGCGACAAAUUUGGUGGAUUGAUGGUGCACCGGAACGAGAGUUUGAUCUGGUUAUGAGGUGUUUGCCAAGAGACUGGUGGUUACUUAUGGACUGGGCCAUUCGCGUUUUUGAGUGGAAGGAUUGGGCUUUAGUAUAA